AUGAUGAUGACUACGGAAAGAGUUUCAGUGCAAUUGAUUGAAAUCGAAGAUCUGCAAUUAUCCACCAUUCUUUUGAUUUCAAAUUCCAUAUAUCCGUCAUCGAGUCUGAUACUUAUUGAAGAUGAUGAUGACAAAGAAGUGUGGCUUCAGGAAUCCUUGAAUGUCUGCAAAUGCUCCACAGCUUGUGAUGCAGUGUGGUGUGGUGCAUUGGGCAAGAUAUUGCUGCGACUACAUAUACAGAAAGCAUUUUAUGUUUUGGAUCUUGUGUCUGCUGGAGGAAAAGCAGAUUUAUUUAUAAAUACAAUCAAACAGAAGAUGUUGAACUGUAUAGGGCUUGAUAAUGGGGAAGCGAAGUGGGGUAUCUCUUCAUCUUCAGACAUCAAAGAUUGUUCAUAUCAUCAGGAUGGCGAUGAGUAUGCACUGUGCAGUGUUCCCAGUGACAAAUGCGUUGAUGGCCUUCUAGAAGGGUCUCUGAGGCUCUUGGAUAUCUGCAGUACAGCUAAAGAAUGCUUACUAGUAUCAAAGGAAAGCCUGCAUGAUCUUCACUCAGUAAUCCGAAGAAGGAAAGAUGUACUUCUUCAUGAGCGUCAAGAGAAUUGGGUGGAUGAGAUUUUGGAUGGAUCCCUAAGGCUCUUAGAUGUGUGUACUUCUGCCAAAGAUGCUUUACUGCACACAAAAGAAUGCGCACGUGAACUUCAUUCCAUCAUAAGAAGGAAGAGGGGUGGUGAGGUGGAGUUGACAGCAGAGUCAUCGAGUCUGUCACUUAUUAAAGAUGAUGAUGACAAACAAAUGAUAGCUUCACAAUUCUUGAAGCUGCACAAAUUGUCCUCAACUUGUGAUGCAAUGGGGUGUGGUGCAUUGGAAGGGCAUCUUUGGUUUCCGUACAUGCAUCAAGGAGCCUUAGAGAUCCAUCCAAGAGAUCAUCCACCCAUUUCUCUUGGCGUUCCUGGACAAGUGCUUCUUGAGUUAGGGGUAACUGAACCAACUUUUCAAUGCACUCGUGCAAAUCUAGAAGGCUAG